UAGCAGACUUUCUGGCAGCACUUUGGCAUACAUCUGGCGAUUUUGGGCUUUGUUUUGGCAGACCAAAACUUUUGGCUUCAAUUUGGCAUGAUUAUGGGCAGCCAUAACAGAUAAGAAGGCGCCAGUAGUGUAUGGCUGAAUUAUGGCAUAUUUCUGGCCAACCGUAGCAUUAGAUUAAGAGCGGGGACAGCAUCUGAUGACGCAUACGGGCUGUUUGGCAUGUUUAUGGACAGCCAGAAGAUGGGCGAAGAGCAGGACAGAGUUUUGGCAUGUUUCUGGCUAACCAAAAGACUCAGCAAAGACCGGGAAAUUUUAAACUUUCUAUUCGGACAAGACCCAGCCUAUCCCCCAGUUCGACCAGCGAUCGCAGUUGAGUGCAUAAUGGCAUACAGUCAGCACCCAGCUACCCAGCCAUUCAGCCGCCCAGCACCCAGUUUCACAGCUACCCAUUCAUCCAGCUACCCAGCACCCCAGCCGCCCAGCUGUCCAGCCACAGGCACCCAGCUACCCAGCCAGCCACCCAACUACCCAGUUGUCCAGCCACAGGCACCCAGCCAUCCAGCACCCAGCUACCUAGCCGCCCAGCCGCCAGCUACCCAGCCACCAUCUGCCCAGCUACCCUGCUACCAGCUACCCUGCCACCAGCUUCCCAGCUAUCCAGCACCCCAGCGAUGCAGCACCCAGCUACCCAGCCAUGCAGCACCCCAGCCACCCAGCUACCCAGCACCCAGCUACCCAGCCAUCCAGCACCCAGCACCCUACCAAAACAUAUAA